CUCUCAGCAGCGCACCAACCGGAAGCGUCCGUGUUGUGACGGAAGGAGAUGCUCUCUGGAAGCGGCCGGUGGUGAAAGGAGCGUGGCGGGCAAAGAUGAUUCAGGCGAUUCUGGUUUUCAAUAACCACGGGAAGCCGCGGCUAGUCCGCUUCUACCAGCGUUUCCCAGAAGAAAUUCAACAGCAGAUUAUUCGAGAGACCUUCCAUCUAGUUCUCAAGCGGGAUGACAACAUCUGUAACUUCUUGGAGGGUGGAAGUUUGAUUGGUGGCUCUGACUACAAACUGAUUUAUCGGCAUUAUGCUACCCUCUAUUUUGUAUUUUGUGUGGAUUCAUCAGAGAGUGAACUUGGGAUCUUGGACCUCAUCCAGGUUUUUGUGGAGACUCUGGAUAAGUGUUUCGAAAAUGUUUGUGAAUUGGAUUUGAUCUUCCAUAUGGAUAAGGUGCACUACAUUCUUCAGGAGGUGGUGAUGGGUGGGAUGGUGUUGGAAACAAACAUGAAUGAAAUCGUGGCUCAGAUUGAAGCUCAGAACAGGCUGGAGAAAUCCGAGGGUGGCCUUUCAGCAGCGCCCGCCCGGGCUGUGUCCGCUGUGAAAAACAUCAACCUGCCGGAGAUGCCUCGGAAUAUCAACAUUGGCGAUCUCAACAUCAAAGUCCCCAACCUGUCCCAGUUUGUCUGAGAGUGGAAGAUGGCUGAACUGAGUCCUUGGAACCAGCAAAGCUGAGCCAGUCCUGCAGCAAAACCCUCUCUGCGCCCUAGAGGAGUCCAGCCUCGGGCCGUGGCCCCUGCUGUCCCGAAGCGGGAAGGAGUCCUAUGUCCACUGGCAGCCUGUAUGCUUGCUUCUCACAUGUGCGGCCUUGCCCGUCUCUUGUACACACAGCCACUGCAGAUGUGAGGGGCCAUGGCUUCCUCAGUGGGGGUCAGGUGCCCAAGCCACUCGCCCCCUUUACCUGCCACGUGCAGCCACUUCCAGGGAUUGCAGACUGUAGCGAGAGGCCCCCCCGCUCCCAGAACCCCACCACGAGGAUGUUCUUUGACGCGAGUCUUCAACCUUAGCACCACGAGGCUCCCUGAGGUCCUGUAGCAUUGACUUUCCUGGUGAGGUGCUAUAGCUAGAAAAGGGCUGACCCUCUAGAUUUGGGGAUGUGGUGAGUGGCAAACAAGGGCAGGAUGUUAUGAAAUCCAGAGUUGCCUACUGACUCUACUAGAGUUGGCACACCCAGAAUCCCUUUGUAUAGCCACGCUGUCUCAUCACCACCUCCUGCGGCAUACACUCCCCACUGCCACAGUUCCUGGCCCUGCUCUCCCAGGUGUUUAUGUGCAGGACACAAUCCAAAUCAUAAGCCUCUUGUUUGCCUGCCCCCCACAUUUCUGCCAAUAGGGAGGGCACCCCCCCCACAGCCAGAGGGGUCCCCCUCAAAGGGGAGGGGCCCUGUGUCUGUAGAAAGCAAAGCUGACAACAUGUGGAACAUCUAAGAAUUAUGACUCUUCCAGGUUUAAAAUACAUUCUCCCUCCGAGGAGCAGACGGGUCAGUUGCUGUGUUAUGAAUGAUGAGUCUUCUUUGUACAGGAAGCCCACUGCUGUCUACACCAGAUUCUGGAGCAUGAGAGCCUGAGCUGGGGUCAUGUGUUCUGGACCUGGCACAGGGGAAGGCUGGGGACACGGGCAGCCUGCUGGCUGAAACCGGUGGCAGUGCAGCAUCUUCUCCCCAGUGUGCGAGGGGUCCCUGCCUGAGUUCACUCUGGGCACACCCUGUUCCCCUCAGAUGACAGUCCUCUAGAGCUAGCUGUGGAAACCUGUAAAUGUUUACAUUCGGUAAGAGCCUUUCUUCCUGUGGUUAACUUAGAGCUGAAGCUGCUCCUCGAAGUAGUGCCUCUUAACUCCUGCGCUGCCUCGGGGCCAGGUCUCAGGUAUAAUGUUGAGCUGCCUUGAGAUUAGCGAGCUCGCUGCACCAUCAUGGUAAAGUCUCCCGGCCUGGGGACUUUUCGUGCCUGCCGGCCAGUGGCCCAAACUGUUUCCUCAGGCCUCCUGAGGCUGUCACAGAGCCCGUCUGAGGUGGUGCCCAACAGGACCAUGGCCAGGACCACGUCUUUUCCCGCUUUGAACAGUGCUUCCUGUGGUUGGUGCCUUUUGCUCCCUGUAGCCUCUUAACCUCAGUCUUUUGAAACAUCUCUGAUAACCUCAGAGAUGGGUAGUGUUGAUCAGAAUGUAGGCCCUCUUAUGUUGGAAGAGGGAAAUGUAGGUUUAUAUAUCUGUCUGAUGUUAAAACCUCUGAUAUUCUUUUAAAGAAUUUAAUUUUUAUUUUUAACAGACAUUUCAGUAUAUUCACAUCCCUCUCACAUUUGCCGAAAGUGAUAUAGGAACAAAGAAGGAAAACGAUAUUUAUUUUGCACCUCCUGUAAGGUGGCAUGAGCGAGAUCCUUCCACAAUCCUAACAACAGACACUGUUAUCUCCAUUUUGUAAGUCAAGAAAGUAAGACUCAGGUCAAGUAACCUGCUUUAGGUCACAAGGGCUAAGAAUUGAGACUGUCUGCCUAAAUCCACAGUUCAUUUUUUUUCACUGCUCAAGAUGGCUUCUCCCAAUUUUAUUUUCCUUCUUUUGGAUAAGGAAACCUCAAACAGUUUAGGUAGCUUCUCAGAAACUGUGAUAAAAACCGGCUUGGUAGCCAGUGACAGCAUCAAAGAGUGUGAGCUGGGGGGUCCUCCACAUGCCUCCAUUGAACUGGUGAGGAAGCAGAAGUCCAGAGUGUUUAGUGUUGUGUCCAGGGUCACAGAGCUAGAACCAAGUCAGUUUUCUUUUUUUUAAAUUUCUAUUGGAGUAGAGUUGAUUUACAAUGUUGUGUUAGUUUCAGGUGUGCAGCAAAGUGAAUCAGUUAUAUGUAUACGUAUCAAGUCGUUUUUCUUGAGUUUGUUUCGUGGCUUAUCGCAUUGCUGCUACAUGUCCUGGAUUUCCUGGAAUAGUCUUUGAAUGUUUUGCUUGCCAGAAACCAAUGAUUCCCAAAAGCCACUGACCAGUCCUAGAGACUCCAGCAGUGGGCAUCCCCACAUCAUCCCUCAUACUGCUUCUAAAAAUGACAUAAAACUUGAGCCUGAUCUUUUGUUUGGAACACUUGAUCCCUUUGGAUGAGCCACAGUAAUUGUUCAUUAACUACUUGAGGUUGCCUGCAAAUCCAGGUACCUUUCUUGCUUGUUAUCAGCAAAGCCAUAAACUUCUUUGAAAAAUAAGAGGAAAUCCUCAUUGGCCAUUUUUUGGAGAGGGAUACAGAUACUGCUGCUGAGAGAUGUCAGUUAUGAAAAUAGGAGCCAGGUUUGAAUUUGGGAGCCCUUGGCCCUGGAUGGUUUACAAUGAGGAUUUCCUGAAGUGGUACAGAAUACUGGGUUUUCAGUGUUCACUGCCACUGACAAAAAUCUAAUAUUCCUUCAUUAUGCAAUUUCUCAGUGCUUGGUGGAUGCCAGGCUCAGUUCUGGGCACUGAAGGUUGCGAGCAGUGAGGCCCUGCCUCCCGCAGCUGUCUCUGCUGUGCAUCUCUGAGUGCUCAGGUUGCAUCUGACUGGCAGCCUGAAUUUGUGGAGACUAGAGUCAGUGACUUUGUGUUUUAUGGAAUACUUAAAAGACCCAUUUCCCAACCCCAGCUGACACCAUCAUGCUCUGCUGUCUAUGCUCCAAACAGCCUGUCUUCAAGCUGCUAGAACAAAAAUACCGUAGACUGAGUGGCUUAAAUAACAAACAUUUCUCACAGUUCUGCAGGCUGGUCAAGAUCAAGGUGCCAGCAGAUUUGGUGCCUAGUGUGGACCUACUUCCUCUUUCACAGAGGGCCAUAUUCUUGCUCUGUCCUGAAAUAAUGAAGAGAAAGCUCUGGGCUCUUCAUUCCUUUAUAAGGGUGCCAAUCCCACCAUGGGGUCUCCACCUCUGUGACCUCAUCCAAACCUAAUUACCUCUCAAAGGCCCCAUCUCCAGAUACCAUCACAUUGGGGAUUGGAUGUCAACAUACGAAUUUGGGAGAGGACACAAACAUUCAGUCCAUACAUACCCACCUUUUUGCUAGGCCUGGUCAUGGCCCUGUGCUUGUCACAUUAAGGAUUAAGUCAGCUAUCUCGAGUCUUCUCAAGUCCCUGUUAUUCAGGCCUCUGCCACUUACAGAGCCAGCCAGCCUUUCCUCCCCACCACCUCCACCUCCAUGGAGCCAACCUAGGGAAGAUCUCGCGGGCCCCAGCUUCACCAGGAAAGAAACCAGGGGAGUAUGGCUGAAACCAGGCUGCUGGCUAAGUCCUGUCUCGUGGACCAGUCUUUAGUAGGGGAUUUCCUUAGUGUGGUCCUUGGGUUUCCAAAUAGGAUGCAGCAGUGAUCAGUGCCUGAAAAUAUGGAUCAAGAGAGAGUGUGAUAGCCAGGACAAGAGCCAAUGAGGUAGGGGAGUCACCUGGGGUGGGGUGGGGGUGUCGGCUCCUAGCAAACAUCCUGGUCUUCAGCUUUCCGAGUCUCCUGCCCUACCCAUCUCCUUGUGGUCAUCGUGAGCCUGGUGUCCACAUAUCUGUGUGUACCAGCACGUGGCCAGUGCCUGCAGGUGGACGAACGGCUGAUCUCAUGGUUAAAAUGUUGCCCACUGGGGAGCACUGGAGGAUGCUCCAUCUGUGAUGUCUGGCAGCAGUUGGCAGAUAGACAAACAGGCCUAUAAGGCAGUAGUUCCAUAGAAAUGAUUAAUCUUUUCCAGAAGACUGUUCAAGUUCGUUCCUAUUUCAAUGAAUUAAUGUUCGUUUGUUUGUUUUUUUUAAAGGGCAGUUAUUUCCUUCUGCCUCGUUUAUUUAUUUUUUAUUUUUGCUGUGUUGGGUCUUCGUUUCUGUGUGAGGGCUUUCUCAAGUUGUGGCAAGCGGGGGCCACUCUUCAUCGCGGUGCGUGGGCCUCUCACUAUCAUGGCUUCUCUUGUUGCGGAGCACAGGCUCCAGACACACAGGCUCAGUAGUUGUGGCUCACGGGCCUAGUUGCUCCGCGGCAUGUGGGAUCCUCCCAGACCAGGGCUUGAGCCUGUGUCCCCUGCAUUAGCAGGCAGAUUCUCAACCACUGCGCCACUAGGGAAGCCCCCUGAAUUAAUGUUUUGAAAAGGAAAUUCACGUGGUUCAAAAUUUAAGGUGACAAAAGGCUGUUCAGCCAGACUCACGCUGUUCCCCCAAACCACGGAGCACCCACCCCCAUCCCUGGAAGCAACAAGUGUUUCCAAUUUAAAAGAUUAAGAAACAAAGCCCCUGGAUUUUUAUUACUGAAACUGAGAGAGUGUACUUUCCUCAAAGAGUUCUGUUCCAUUUGACCUUGGUUGACCUCAGCCCACUACAAUCCUGCUAUCCUCUGUAGAGGGAGAGGCCUCCCAGACCACCCCGUCCUUGCUCUGCCUCUCUGUUUUCCAUGGCACUCUGAUGUCCUGUGUGUUUGAGUUGUAGUUUUUAUCUCCCCUACUAGGAUGUACACCUCUCAAAGGCAGGGAUUUGUCUCUCCUGUUCAGUGCUGUGUCCCAGCUGCUAUGACCAGUGCCUGGUAUGUACUGCUCAAUAAAUAACUAUUAAAUGAGUGAAUAGUUGAGACAAAUGGUAACUCAUUCUAGCGGCAACUUGUAGCUUAUGCUCUCCAGGGCCUCAUGCUCAGUCAGCAUUUGGGGAAAGAACCUGGGUAAUGGCAUUGGGAACAGUCUAUAGAGAGGGACCAGGUGAUGGCCUGUGGAGGAUGAGGGAGAGGAGAAAGGCAAAGCUGAUGACAGUGGAGGCCACGUGACCAGAGGACCAGAGAGGGAGAAAGACCAGAGUUUGGAUGUGGACAUGUGACACUGGAGUUGCCUGAGAGUAUCUGGGACAGAUGUCCACCAGCCAGCUGGGAACCUGGGAGUGGGCAGAGUGGAAAUGAACGUCCAGCCCAGAGAGAUGGUGGUUGAAGCCAUGUGGGUGAGUGAUGUGGCCAAGAGGACUCAGUCUGUGGGCAGAGAAAGGGAGAUGAGAGUCUAGACAGAGGAGCAACUUCAGGUCCACAGAGGACUUUCAGUGGGAAGGGCCCCUGCUGAGAGGCCAAGGGGUGGGACUUAGAUGACCUUUCUUGGUCUUGCCAUUGCCCCUCCACCCCAAGCCCUCUAAGUGAGGCAGCGAAAUGGGGGAACUUUGAAGGGGGUGGUUCUAGUCUAGUGGUGGGGUGGGUCUCACCCACAGGUGGUUGUAUAAGAGUGUGUGUCACAAUCUAGCUGUAAUGUACAGAGCCUUCGGAAGGUCAGUGACUGCAUCCAUAAAGGGGUACCAAUAACUCCUGCCUUAGGGGGCUGUUUGAGGGUUAAUUGAGAAUUGAUGAAGACCACAAAGGACUCCAUAUAAACACUGGCUGCUGUCAUCACUGGGAUUUUUGCAGAGGGAAUGGGAGCUGAAGUAGAUGCAAUUAGCUGGGAGAGGUUUGGUGGUGCUGAGAAGGAGAGAUGGACGUCUGUAGUGCUCAAGUCCUGGCAGAAGACCUCAAAGGUGGGACUGCAGAGGGAUGAUGGGGACAGUGGAUGCUGGCCUGGCCCCACCAGUGGCCCAUAUCUAGAGGCCACCGGUGGAUUAAACUGUAGGGGAAGUGGUGGAAUCUCUGGAAAGUGAAGCUUCCCUUAACAGUGAGGAGGUUGAAGACAUAGAAGAGUGAGCUUGGGAUUGGUAGGACCGGAAGCGUGGGGGACAGAGCCUGGAACUCCCUUCCCCCAGAGUCAGGGGGAAAUGGAGAGGUCCCAGAGACACAGUGGGAGGAGUCAGCAUUUGGCCGGGACGGGUGAGGGCCUCUGGCCAAGCAGGCCUGGCCAAGGGUUGUGUUCCUAUAGGGACCCCACGCUUCCUGUGAGAAAUGGGAUCUUUAGGCUUUCUCAAGAGCAAACCUUACAUUUUUUUUCAACUCUGAUAUCAGCCUGGCCUGAGAGCGCUUGGGUAUAGGGGUGCCCACCCCUGCCACCUAGGAUUGGACCACACUUUCAAGAGGGCAGGUUGGUGCUUAUUUUCUGUAUUGGUGAUGAUGAAUGCCCUUUACAAACCCAUGGGAUAAAGGCACAGCUGAAAUGACAGGAGGAGGUACAGGCCCGUCUCAGGCACUGACAAGUGGAGGUACCAGAUGGGGGCUUGGGGAUGUUACUGGUGGUCCAUGAUGCUUCUGCCACCAGGCCCUACCUCUCCUGUCAUAACAGAGAGGAGAACCCAGGAGGUUGCCACACCUGCAGCUGCUGCAGUUUGCUCCUCUGCUGGCCUGGGUGGGGGCCCUUUUGAUGGCAACUGUUGCUUGGUGAGUCAGUGUGUCUCUUCCCGCUGGGGCCCUGAGGUGGGAGGGGCAAGGAGCCUCCUCGUACCCCACCCCUAGACCCUUACAAGCUGGAAGUGAAAGUGGAGGCCAAGAGACACAAGCCCAGGGCACGCCCACCGCAGAAGAUCAGCAUCUUUGCCCUGGGCAGCCUGGCACUGAAUUUUUCCUCCAGCUUCCCAGUUCUGAGCCCUUGGCACUGGGUGCCCUUCCCUUGACCCCUCUCCAAGCCUCCAAGUGGCUCCCCAGCUGGCCACAGGCCACACGAACCUUACUCUGGCUGGCAGGCCUGAGGUCGCUGCAUGCCAAAGGUGGCAAUAUGCACAGCCUGGAAGGUAAUCCUUUCUUGCUAGGAAAGUGCUUAUCUAACUGAGGCAAGCUAGGAUUUGAACUGCUAACUGCUAAGCCAGCUUUUUGGAACUUCUUUUUUGUGUCUGGGAGGUACAGCUGGUCCAUGAGGAGGUGGCUUCCAUUCAGAUGCUGGACUGUGCACUCUGGGGUGUUUUCUGCUGAAAUUCCCUCUCGUUCUUUGCUGAGUUUCCCAGCCUCUACCUGCCUCUUCUCCACCAACUGGGGCCUACCUGGGCCCUAUGAAGUGCCAACCGACCCAUCAGCUGUUUAUUGUGCACGAUGAUGUUACAAGAUUGGAAGGAAAUCCCUGGGUCCAAGGUCUGUGCCAAACAGGCAAGUGAUAUGGUGAUGCUACCUGGCAUUGUGCUGUGCCUGGCACAGAUUGGUGGCCUGCAGCGGGCCAUCCUUUCAGGCCUCUCCCUGAGCCGCAGUGCUCAGGGUUACAACACUUUCCUAUCAGGUCACCCACUCCCAGCUCCAGCCCAGACCUGAUGAGCUGCUCUUGGCUCCCGUGGCCCCAGAAAGGCCUCAGACUCCAGGCCGUGCCAGGCCCUGGCCCUGGCCAUCCCCUCUGCCUGUCUUUAGGUCUUUCUCCCUUGCUCACUUCAGGAGAGUCUCUGCACAAAUGUCGCUGUCAGAGGACUUCCCUGCCCUUUCCUAUUUCUCAUGGCACUUAUCACCUGAUGUGAUAGUGUUUGUAAUGUCAAACUCCGUUCUUUUCACUAUUUUUUGCUGCUAUUUUGCUGUGCCUAGCACAGUGCCUGACCCACUUUAGCUGUCAGUUAAAGAAAUGAUUGUUCAUGAAUGAAUGAAUGAAUGAAUGAAUGAACACUUCUGCUGUUCCCCUCUCAACAUGCAUGGAGCUCCACACCUACUCCAGGCUUGAGGGCAGGAAGCUCUGUGGGGUGGGAGUCAUGGGGCCUGGCUUCUCAAUUCACUGCGUGAGCCUGAGUGAGUCAUUUAGCUGCCUACUUCUAGUUGUAGGAAUAGUGUAUGAGAACGCACUUAUCAUAGAGACAUAAAGCCCUGAAUGGGAUAUAAACUUGGUUUGAAUCCUGGCUCCACCACCUGCUAGCUGUGUGGCCUUGGGCAACAUACCUAACCUCUCUGUGCUUCCAUUCCCUCAUCUGUGAAAUGGGAGUAAAACAGCUUCCUUGAGUCAGUCAAGGUUCUUGCUUGCAAACAAUAGCACCAACCCAGAAGCUUACUAAAGGGCUAUAGGGAAGCUCUCACAGGCUCAACAGAAAGGUGGAAAACCCAAAACAAAGCUUUCCAGGCCACAAAAAUAUUCUCUGGAGCACGCCACCAGCACUGCCAACACUGGGCCACAGACCCUGCUGGCCUUCCCUGAAUAAACAGACUCUUAGGCAAUGCCUCUGAUUUGUGACGCUCAGGUCCAGGGGCCAGGGCAGCAAGUAGAGGAGGCUGGCCCCAGCAUCACACAGUGAGGAGCUUGCCAAGCAGGGAAGAGACGCCUGUCCACCAACCACAUCACAUGCAGAGGAUUGUCCUGAGGAUUAGAGUUAAUCCAGAACCUCGAACACACCUAGUGGGAAACCUGGUGGAAUCUGCUGGAGUUAGUACAUGCUUAUCCUGUGACUCAGUGAUGUCAAACUAGUGUGCGUGUCUGGAAGACAAGGACAAAAAUGUUAACAGCAGCACUAUGUGUAAUCACCAAAAACUGGGAACAGCCAGAUGCCCAUCAGGAAUGGAAUACAUGAAUAAAUAAGUACCCUGGACUACUACACAGCCACGAGAAAGAGCAAACUACAACUACAUGUAACAACGUGGAAGAAUCUUAACAAACACAACACCAGGCAUAAGAAGCCAGGCAGAAAACCAUGUAGGUUGUAUGGUUUCAUUUAUUUGCACUUCAAACACAGGCAAAGUGAAUGCAUGAUUUUAGAAGCUGGGAUAUUGGGUAUCCUCCUAGAAUGACAGAGAAGAAGGGGCAGGAGUGGGGCUCCUUGUGCUGAGAAAGCUCACUUUCUUGAUCUGGGUGCUGGUUUCACAGUGUGUUCACUUUGUGAACCUUCACUGAGUUCUUCAUUUAUGAUUUUGUAUUUUUCUCUAGGAUCGUUAUACUUCAAUUAAAAAAUCACAUACGGGUUUAAGAAAGAAAGAAAGAAAGAAAGAAUUUGUCUCUGGGAAGCACUGGGGAUAGUGCCCAUGGUAUGAGAUGAAUAAAUGUUAGGUCGUUGUUGUUACCAUUGUCCUUUUCACUGGUUGGUCUCUCUCCCACCCCACACACCCCAUCCUCACACACCGUCCUCCCAGGCUGGAAGAGACCCCUGUGUUCUCAACCCUCAAAUGCAUUCAGUAGGCAGAGCUGGUGCUGCAAGCACGGGGGUUCUGAGCUCAUUUGUGAGUGGUGGGGGAUGACCUCCUGGCUCAGCACAACCCGUUCACUCCUCAAGGAAUUAGCCACUUCCUGCAGAGGCUGGGAGGCCAGAGAGAGUGAGAACUGGGCAAACAAAGGACCUGCAAGUAGCUGAGGACAGGAGUGGAGACAGAUCAGCGAGGUGAUGGAGAGCUGGGGCCUCGGAGGCAGGGAAUGUGUUGGAGCCCAUCCUGAGGACAGUAGGAAGCCAGGGUAGGAGUGGUCUGUGUGUGCGUGUGUUGGGCAUGGGGGAGGUGUAUGUGUCCAGUUUUGCUCUGGCUUUAGUGAGGAGAAUGGAUGAAAAGGGAGAAAAAAACAUUCCAGGAGUCCAAUUAGGAAGACUUUGGUGGUGACCAGGUCAGGGUGAGACCAUGGAGGUGGAGAGAAUUGGAGGAUUCAUGGGGCAUUCUAGGAUUAGAACUGGUAGGACUUGGGGAUCGUCAUCCAGUGUGGAGGGAAGCAUGGGGAUGGGCGAGGCAGGUGAUGACCAGGGGCUUGAGUAGCCCCACAGAUGAUAGGUCUUGCUCUAUCUGGCACCAUGGAGGAGCUGGAUUUGGGGUGAGGGUAAGUUAGAUUUGGGGAGCAGAGUCAGAAGAGACUGAGAUGCAGUGGGCAAUGCCUGUGGAGGGUGGGCUUGUGGGAGGGAAGGGAAGCCGUGUGCAUAGAGAACCCCUGGCUUACAGGGACACUGCCCAGUUUAGGCAGCCAGCUCAGAGGAAAGGCCCAGAUUAGGAGAGUGUGAGCCAUGGAACCAGGGUUUCUGGGGCUCAGUUAGAAAGGGGGGAAAGGGCUAACAGGGGGAUGGGAUGGGUGCACAGAGUGAGCCGGGACCAAGGAUGACAGAGAUGUGGGGCCUGGUGGGCUUAGCUAGUCUCUAAAUUUCCAAAUCAGUGAGGUGGGCACUGGUGAAUGGGAGGACCCUGACCCUUGAGAAGGAGAGCACCCAGCCCAGGGUGGUGGUGCAUCAGGGGACAUCAGGCUAGAUCGCAUGUGUGGAGCCUCUGCAUGAUCUCCAACUAGAACAAUAUCAAUGAUAAUAGUGAAAGUGGCUCUGGUAGACAUUAUUACUGUUCAAAUUAUCUAUUGCCUCUCCCUGGGGGAGCAUGACACUUCCCAUACCUUUGACAUCAGGCUUGGCUACCUGACUUGCUUUGGUCAAUAACCUGAGCAUAAGUGAGGUGUGCCACUUCUAAAAAGAAACUUCAGGAGUCGUGGUGCUGCCACGUUCAUUAUUAUCUCUGCCAGGAGACCUUCAGUGUCCCAGAUAAGGGCUGCUCCUUCAACCUGGGUCUUGGAGUGGAGCUGACUUAGUGCAGAGCUGCAGCCAACCCAUGACGGACAUGUAAUAUGAGGAAAAUGAACCUCUUUGGGAUUAAAUUACUUGCUGAGGGUCACUCAGUUCUUAAAGGCUGGAUCCAGAAUCUGAACCAGGAGAUACACAGAGAUGAAGGCCACGUGACCCCAGGCAGAGAUUGGAGUGAUGCAGCCACAAGCCAAGGACCACCUGGAGCCACCAGAGGCUGGAAAAGCCACUGAAGCAUCCUCCCCAGCACCUUUGGAGGGAGUACGGCCCUGCUGACACUGUGAUUUCAGACUGGUGACUCUCCAUACCAGC